AAGCUAUAGACUGAAUAUGUAAACUUUACUAUUUUUAUUUCAGUCACCGGUCAAAUACGGUUGGAUAGAAAAAGGAGUUAAUAAAUUGACCUUCUUGGUCCUACAUGCUUCCCAUGAAAGAGUGCGUUCGCCUUCCCCUCCUCCCCCCAAAAGUUCCCACCAAACUCGCCUGUAAUACACCAAACCCUCCCUGGCUGAUCGUUUACGCUGUUCCCUGAACGACUCAAAGCCCAGUCAUAUACCAACUCGGAGAUUUCCUUGCCUGCCGGGCUGCCACCCCUUUCUCCCCAAGAGGAAAAAAUAAGCGCAGAAUCUUCUCCACCGCGUCGUUCUGAUUCCAUCACUCAGAGAUGCAUCUUUCAUCGUCUUUUCGUUGCUCUCGCCUCGCAAAUCCAACGUAUUCAAGGAGUAUUUCCGAAUUCCGAAGUAUAUAAGAAAACGGACAACCCCGGAAAGAUCAAACAGCGAAGUCGACGAGCGCGAGAGGACGGCAUGGGCGGGUGCUUCUCGGACGUGAGCGGCGGCCAGGCGGGGGUCGGCGUCGGUUCCCGUGGCGGCCUCGCCGGACCACCGCCGGAGACGGCGCAGCAGGAGCGGAACGACGCCGUAGACCACUUCCUCCAUACCCGCGGCCUCCGCGACCUCUACAUCCCCCUCGAGUUAUCGCUAUCUGCCUCAAAGUUGCGCAAUCUCGAUGUACUUUCAAAGAGUGAUCCCAUGGCAGUAAUCUAUGCAAAGAAACUAGAUGGAAUGCUGGAAGAACUUGGACGCACAGAAGUAAUAAUGAAUACAUUAAAUCCUGUUUGGAUCACAAAAUUUACUAUCAACUAUCAUUUUGAGAUUGUCCAGCCAUUGGUGUUUCGAGUUUAUGACAUUGAUACCAAGUAUCAUAACACAUCUGUUAAGAUGCUGAAGUUGAAUGAGCAAGACUAUCUUGGAGAAGCUUCUUGUACUCUGUCAGAGAUAGUGACCAAACGUGAUCGAAGUUUGACACUUAAACUAAAAUACCAGAAUCGCCCAGCUGAUGCUCAUUUAGGGACAAUAACUGUCCAUGCAGAAGAAACAGUUGCUUCAAGGGCAGCUGUGGAGAUGAUACUACGCUGCUCUCGCCUAGAAAAUAAGGAUGUGUUCUCCAAAAGUGAUCCUUUCUUAAGAAUAUCCAGAAUUGUGGAGAGUGGAAUUUCGAUUCCUAUAUGCAAAACAGAGGUGAUUAAUAACAAUUUGAACCCAGUGUGGAAGCCUGUAACACUGACUAUGCAGCAAUUUGGAAGCAAGGAGAAUCCAUUGAUUAUCGAGUGUUUUGAUUUCAAUGCCAAUGGCAAACAUGAACUUUUAGGAGAACUUCAAGGAAGCAUGGCAGAACUUGAAAAACUUAGCAGGGAAAAGAUUGGAGCACACUUUUAUGUUCCAUCUUCUGUCCGUCAGGGUCACAAAAAGAUGCUGAAGGGACAGCUGUUUGUGGAUAACUUCUGUGAAAAAAUUCAAUAUAGUUUCUUGGAUUAUAUUUCCAAUGGAUUUGAGCUUAAUUUCAUGGUUGCUGUAGAUUUUACAGCUUCAAAUGGAAAUCCUCGAUCACCUGAUUCCUUGCAUUAUAUUGAUCCUUCUGGUCGAUUGAACUCAUAUCAACAGGCUAUAGUAGGGGUUGGAGAAGUUUUACAAUUCUAUGACACUGAUAAGUGCUUUCCUGCAUGGGGUUUUGGAGGAAGGAUGAGUGAUGGGUCUGUAUCUCAUUGUUUUAACUUGAAUGGAAGUCUUGAUGAGUGUGAGGUUGUUGGAGUAGAGGGUAUCAUGUCAUCAUAUGCAAUGGCGUUGCAUAAUGUCAUGCUUGCUGGGCCAACUUUAUUUGGGCCUGUCAUCAACAAAGCUGCAGCAAUUGCUAGCAAGUCUCUAUCUCAUAGCCACAACAAAUACUUCGUCUUGCUUAUAAUCACGGAUGGAGUAAUAACUGAUGCUGUUGAAACCAAAGAUGCUAUUGUUAAGGCAUCAGAUCUACCCUUAUCAAUUCUUAUUGUUGGAGUCGGAGGUGCAGAUUUCAAACAAAUGGAGAUUCUUGAUGCUGAUAAUGGAAAACGAUUGGAGAGCUCCACCGGACGGAUAGCUACACGCGAUAUUGUACAAUUUGUUCCCAUGCGGGAGAUGCAGGGAAGACAGACCUCCAUCGUUCAAUCACUCUUGGAAGAGCUGCCUGGGCAAUUCCUGACAUACAUGCGGUGCAGGGAUAUCAAACCAAUAUUUGCUCACCCUGCUGCAACUUCUGCAUGCCAACCAAACUGACUCCAAAUGAGCCAGAAUUGGACUCUGAGCUAACAGUGACCAGUACCAUAGUUCUUGCAAAGCUUCUCUAACUACUUACAGUCUACAUUUUCCCUGUCGAUACAUUGUACAAAUUAUAGGGUUUGGUAAUUUUUGAUGAGUGAUGAUAUUUGUUUUUACGUAUGGCAAUUAAUAGCCUAUGCAAACCUGGUAAUGUAAAGUUCACCUUGUGGAUUGAUGGCCUUGAUACUGGGUGUUUUGAAUGGAUGACUGUGAUAUCAAUUGGAAAGGGAUUAUACAGUUGUUGUGCA